CCGAAAUCAAGCGAGUUGCCCCUCAGUUGCCACGGCGGGAGCCCAGGCCAUACUCUCAGUCCCGCUGUGAGCGUAGAAAGGAACGUUACGGACACUUUACCUUAUCCGUUCGUUCGUUCGUUCGUUCGUUCGUUCAUUCGUUCGUUCGUUCAUACGUUCGUUCGUUCGUUCGUUCGGUAUAUUUUUCAUGGUUUCAUUUCAUACAUCAGGAUACGAGUGUGUUCAUUACGCGUUGUCCUCGUUGGAUAUUUUUCUUUAAUCAAGCACAUUAACAAAUUAUAGUGGACUCCAGUGAGAACCAAUACGGUCGGUACGGUCGUGUAUAACUUAAUAAAUUUGUUGUGCUUGUGAGAAAAUAAAAGAGGAAGAAAAAGGAAGAAAAGAAAAAAAGAAAAAAGAAGGAAGAAAAAAAAAAGAAAGAAGAAGAAGAAGAAAAAGAAGAAGAAUUAGCUCAAAGGACAAAUAUAUUUGUAUUGUGUAAAGUGAAUAUUUGAUAGGACGGAUUUCUUUUGGGGAGAAAAAAAGAAGAAUAACAUGGAAGACUAUCUAUUUACAUUUAGAUACGAACGAACGAACAGAAAAUUAUUUGAUAGAAGUGUUUAAAUUUUAUGAUUUUCUCUUGGAAGAUUCGAAUAAAGUAAAAUUUGAUAAAGGAACGCGUAUACGCACGGAGGCGCGCGCGAGCGCGCGCGUGUGCACACGCAUGCAUGCACACAUAAACAAAUAUAUACACUUAUGUCGGUUUUUAAUAAUAGAUUUUACCUUUGUAGAUUUUGAUUGAAUCAAAUAAAUAAUAAGAAUAGGCUCGAUUAGAAAAUAUAAGCGGACAUGAUAAGCCGGCGGAUCAGACGAUAGUCCCUUUCUCUCUACAUAUAUAAUCUAUAUAUAUAUAUAUAUAUAUAUAUAUAUAUAUAUAUAUAUAUCGGAUAGCGAAAGUUCUCCGUUUAAGUAUCACGAUGAUGAACGCCUUUCUCGAUGGCGUCUCCUCGCAUCCUCAUCACCUGGCAAACCUGGGGAUAAAGUUGUCACCGAGCGGAGGCGGUGGUAGCGGUGGUGGUGCCGGUUCGACGGCGGACGGUGGUCCCGGUGGUGUCCAACCGACGGCCGGCGAAGCACCGUCCCAACAACACCAUCAUUUCCAUCCCCAGGGUUAUCCACCCCAUCAUCCCCAUCCGGCGUCCCACAUGGCGCCUCAUAUGGGACAUCAUAUGAGCCAUCAUCCGGGAUACGCGGCUCGUGACUUUUUAUUACGCCGAGAACAUGAGUUCAAUGCAACCGCGAAUCCAACUACUCCGGAAAGUGGUUUGGGUUUGUUCACGCCGUUACAUCACGAUGGAACUGCCGCGGCAACUAUGCAACAAUUUCCUCAUCACCCGGCACAGCAUCCGUUAGCAGCCAGCCAUUAUCCUGGACAUUAUCCACAGGAUUCUAGGCUACCACCUCAUCAUCAGUACUUAGGUGCACCACAUUUGACACCGGCGUCUAUACAUCAUCAACAACAUCCUGGAGUUAGUCAUCCUAGUCACCAUCCUCAUGGUGCAUUUUUAAGGUACAUGAGGAGCAACGGUACAGGUACCGGGAGUGGUCCAAAUACUGGGGUCGUACAAAACGGUGGACAGAGACAAGAGAUGUCUUGUAUGUGGGUCGACCAGGAUGCACCAGGACCAGGAAGAAAACUUUGCGGUAAAUUAUUCAACUCGUUACACGACAUCGUAACGCAUCUUACUGUCGAACACGUGGGAGGACCCGAGUGCACGACUCACGCCUGUUUCUGGCAAGGCUGUUCACGAAACGGUAGGGCAUUCAAGGCAAAGUACAAGCUUGUCAAUCACAUAAGAGUACACACCGGUGAAAAACCAUUUCCAUGCCCUUUCCCUGGAUGCGGAAAGGUAUUUGCCAGAUCGGAAAAUCUCAAGAUACACAAGAGGACCCAUACAGGUGAGAAACCAUUUAAAUGCGAAUAUUCGGGAUGUGAAAGGCGGUUCGCAAAUAGCAGCGAUCGCAAGAAACACAGUCACGUUCACACCUCGGAUAAACCGUACAAUUGUCGAGUGUCAGGAUGCGACAAGUCUUAUACACAUCCAAGCUCGUUGCGCAAACAUAUGAAGGUGCACGGUAUGACAUUGGGCGAGGGUAAGAUAGGUGGAGGGUACGAGAGCGAGGGCGAAGAGAGCAGCAGCAGCGGGGGUAGCUUGUCGGUGACCGGUCACACAGAGUCACCCCAACCACCGCCGGUUGUCCCGACAACGACAACUUCGAACCCGCCUUCAAGUCAUCCUGCAACCCGUGGAACUGAGUUGACGGAGUGGUACGUUUGUCAGCCGCCAACCGUUGCUCCACAACAUAGCCCAUUGCCAGGUCCUCCGCCUCCUCAUCAUCUUGGACCUCAUCACUUCAAUCCUCUGAUGCAUCAUCAAGCGACCGCCUACUAAAGAAACAACAACAACAACAACAACAACAACAGCAACAACAACAACAACAGCAAUAGCAACAACUACAACAAUUACAAUUACAACU